GCGCGGGGCGGGCCGGGCCAGGUGCUGCGAGGCGGGGGAGCGCGGAGCGACCCUGCGCGGGGGCGGCGGCGGAGGCCGGGCCGCCAUGCGCCGUGCCGCGGGCCGGGCUGGCCAUCCUGCGGCGUAGCUGCGGGACGCGGCUCGGCUCUCCGCCCGUGAUGUCCCCCGGGCAGCAGGGGAAGGCGACUCACUCGAGGGCUGCGGCAGAGGCCUAGUGCGGCCAGCUCCGCUCCGCGUUCCCGCUGCCGCGCCCCAUGGCCGAGGAGCAGCAGCCGGAGGGGCAGCCGCCGCGGCGGCUGGCCGGCACCCCCGCGCCCGGCGGGGCCCUGCCGUCCCUGGUGCCGGGGCUGCAGGGCGGCGAGGCCAGCGCGCUGCAGCACAAGAUCCGCAGCUCCAUCUGCAAAACUGUACAAUCUAAAGUGGACUGCAUUUUGCAAGAAGUUGAGAAGUUUACAGACCUAGAGAAACUCUACCUCUACCUUCAGCUGCCUUCGGGUCCCAACAAUGGAGACAAAAGUGAUCAGAUCUCCAUGUCAUCCAGCCGUGCCCAGCAGAUGCACGCCUUCUCAUGGAUACGGAACACCUUGGAAGAGCACCCUGAGACAUCCCUUCCCAAGCAGGAGGUUUAUGAUGAGUACAAGAGCUAUUGUGACAAUCUUGGCUACCACCCAUUAAGUGCUGCUGACUUUGGAAAGAUCAUGAAAAAUGUCUUUCCAAAUAUGAAGGCCCGUCGCCUGGGCACAAGAGGCAAAUCAAAAUAUUGCUACAGUGGACUGAGGAAGAAGGCUUUUGUGCACAUGCCAACACUGCCCAACCUUGACUUUCAUAAAACUGGAGAUGGGUUGGAUGGGGCAGAGCUGUCGGGGCAGCUGCAAAGUGCUGAUGAGGAAGUUGUCUCUGCAGCCUGCCGGCUUGUUUGCGAGUGGGCCCAGAAAGUGCUGAGCCAGCCUUUUGAUACCGUCUUGGAAUUGGCUCGUUUUCUUGUCAAAAGUCACUAUAUUGGUACCAAGUCAAUGGCAGCUUUAACAGUAAUGGCAGGGGCACCAGCAGGAAUAAAAGGGAUCCCCCAGCCCUCAGCUUUUAUACCUACUGCUGAAAGUAAUUCCUUUCAACCACAAGUGAAAACUCUGCCAUCUCCUGUUGAUGCCAAGCAGCAGCUGCAGCGUAAGAUCCAGAAGAAGCAGCAGGAACAGAAACUGCAGUCUCCUUUGCCAGGAGAGUCUCCAGCGAAGAAAACGGAAGGCACCACAACCAAUGGUGUAGCCAGUAUAUCUAAUGGAAGUCCUGCAAUCCUGUCUCCUCCACCCAUUGGCAUUGUUGUGGCAGCUGUCCCCAGCCCAAUACCGGUGCCAAGGACCAGGCAGUUGGUGACAUCUCCAAGUCCUAUGGGAUCGUCUGAUAGCAAGGUCCUGCCACUUAAUGUUCAGGUGGUCACGCAGCACAUGCAAUCAGUCAAGCAGUCACCAAAGACACCCCAGAACGUUCCUGCCAGCCCAGUUGGUGACCGCUCUGCCCGGCAUCGCUACCCACAGAUCUUACCGAAGCCAGCAAACACCAGUGCUCUCACCAUCCGCUCUCCCACAACGGUGCUCUUCACCAGUAGCCCAAUCAAGACUGUUGUGCCAGCUCCACAUGUGAAUUCCUUGAAUGUGGUAAAAAUGACAGCAAUAUCUCUUGCCCCAAGCAGCAGUAGUGUACCCGUCAAACAGACGCCUUCAGUUAGCAGUAGUGCAGGAGCAGUGGAAGAAGGUAGGACUGGUCCACAGAUCAAAAAUGGAUCUGUUGUUUCACUUCAGUCUCCAGGAUCUAAGCCUAGCAAUGCUGUAGCUGCACCUGCAGUCAAGAUCAAAAUGGAACCAGAAGCACUGCUGGAUGAGAACUCAGUACAGGGCCAGGAGAGCUCUGAAGUGUCUAAAACCAUAAAGGCAACCCCUGGCCUGCCUUCUUCUCAACUAAUUAAUUUUGAGGUUGCAACCUUGAAGGAUUUAGCUGAUGAUGUCAUGGAGGCAAAACCAGUUAAGGGCUGUGAUCAGGGAGCUGAAGAAGCAGGGACCAAAUAUAAAACACAAUUGAAUGAGAUCACACCAGUUUCUUCAGCAGGCAAUAAUCAAAGCACUCUAAAGCUCUCAGUUGCCAGUCAGAACCUGUCCAGCACCAGCAUCGGUUCACCUCCCACUGGUGAGUCAACAAUUAAUGACAAAACGUGCACUAAAAGUCCAAGAAAGCGACAAGCUUCUACACUUCAGGAUUCCCAGGUUCUCCCUGUAAAGAAACCACUGGUGGAGCAGCUUUCAGCUGGUAAUGCUGUGGAGGCUCAAAAAGCAAACAGUGUUAAGAAGUCUCCGCAGGUUGGAUCGCUGGCUAACAGUGACAGUACAGCCACACUUGCUCAAGUUCCCAGCAACGUAGCUCUGCAGGUACCUGUACCUUCUGCAGCUGCAGCAAACUUGGCAACAGACCUUUCUUUGAGCACCAGUUUAAGUAUCAGUGAUGUGACUUUAGAAGAGCAGCUUGCAGCAGCAGCAUCUCCAGAUAUAAAAGUAAAAUUGGAAGGAAACAUGUUGAUCAUAGAAAAUGAUUCAAAAUCUGAUGGCAGCUUUAACCCAAACGCGUGGCACCAUAUCACCAAAACCUCUGACUUUGCAUCUGUGAGUUGUGAACAGCAGCAGGAUAUCAGUGUUAUGACUGUGGGAGGACACUCUGGCUCUAGUGACCUACAGGAGUCAGUGUGGGAGCCAGUGCACUGCGAAGACAUUCAGCAGGAUGUGUACAGCCAGCAGCUGCAGACCCAGAUCCAGGACUCCUCCUUGGCUCAAAUAGAGGCACAGUCUUCAAACCAGUUACCUCUGCAGUCUGAGCUGAAAGAGUUUGAACAUACGGUCUCUCAGUCAAACGAAAACUUCUUUUCAUUUGAUGAUGACCUCACCCAGGACAGCAUUGUGGAGGAGCUGGUGCUCAUGGAAGAGCAGAUGUCCAUGAAUAACGCUCAUCCUUAUGGUGGUUGUCUAGGAAUGGCACUUCAGAGUCAGACUGCAGCUCAAGGAGCUGCCGUGUCAUCUCAUCCAAGCGGCGCGCACUUUUACCAUUCGAUCCAUAACAACAGCACUCCGAUCCACACUCCCACUCCCACGCCCACCCCGACUCCCACGCCCACCCCGACUCCCACGCCCACCUCUGAAAUGAUCGCUGGAUCUCAGAACAUGUCCCGAGAGAGCCCUUGCUCGAGGCUGGCUCAGACGACUCCUGUAGACAGUGCCCUGGGAAGCAGCCGGCACACGCCCAUCGGCACGCCGCACUCCAACUGCAGCAGCAGUGUCCCUCCCAGUCCCGUGGAAUGCCGAAACCCUUUUGCAUUCACCCCCAUCAGCUCCAGCAUGGCCUACCAUGAUGCCAGCAUUAUCUCGAGUAGCCCCGUGAAGCCAAUGCAGCGGCCUAUGGCUACCCAUCCUGACAAAACCAAGCUUGAGUGGAUGAAUAACGGCUACAGUGGGGUCAGCAGUUCCUCAGUUGCAAACCAUGGCAUCCUGACCAGCUACCAGGAGCUGGUGGAAGAUCGCUUCAGGAAACCUCAUGCCUUCGCCGUUCCUGGCCAGUCCUACCAGGCUCAGCCACGCCACCACGACACUCACUUUGGUCGUGUGACUCCUGUGUCACCUGUGCAACACCAGGCAGCCCCUGUCAGUAGCACCACCAAGCAAGAGGGCUUUGCUGUUCCCGCUCCUUUGGACAGCAAAGGAACUGGUUCCUCUCUCAACAACAGUCUGAGGUGCCGGAGCGUGAGCCCUGCUGUCCAUCGCCAGCGCAAUCUCAGUGGGAGCACUGUUUACCCUGUUUCAAAUAUACCACGCUCUAACCUGGCACCUUUCGGAAGUCCGGUGACUCCUGAAGUUCACAAUGUAUUUGCUAAUAUCCAUGCAGACACCAGUGCCAAUAACAUAGCACAAAGAAGCCAGUCAGUCCCCUUGACUGUGAUGAUGCAGACGGCCUUCCCCUCUCUUCAGAAACAAACAAACACUAAAAAAAUAACCAAUGUCUUGUUAAACAAACUUGAUUCUGAUAGUGAUGAUGCAGUGAGAGGUUUGGGAAUGAACAACAUGCCCUCAAAUUACACAGCCAGGAUGAAUCUCACUCAGAUUUUAGAGACAUCCGCCCCUUUUCCUAGUGCCAACCCACAAAAUAUGAUCAAUUCCAGCACUUCAGUUUAUGAAUUCCAGACACCAAAUUACCUCACAAAAAACAGCAGCACCAAUCAGAUCAGCUUUUCUUCUGGAGAUAACCAAGCACAAUCAGACAUCGGAGAGCAGCAAUUAGAUUUUAGCAGCACUGUAAAAGACCUUUUAGGGGAGGACAGUCUGCCAACAAACCAGCAGCUGGUGAAUCAGGUGGCAUCAGAUCCCAAUAACGUUGCAUCUGUCUUUUCCAGUGACAUCAGGUUGUCUUCCGAGCUCUCAGGCAGCAUUAACGAUCUGAACACUUUAGACACAAAUCUACUGUUUGAUCCGGGUCAUCAGCAGGGACAAGAUGAUGAUGCUACACUGGAGGAAUUAAAAAAUGACCCCUUGUUUCAACAAAUCUGCAAUGAAUCCAUUAACUCAAUGACUACAUCAGGUUUUGAGUGGAUGGAGAGUAAGGAUCAUCCUGCUGUUGAAAUGUUGGGUUAAUCUUGUUUUAUAAUAUGUAUGUAGCACACUGUAUCUAAAAGACAGACGUAUUGUAUUUGUCUUAAUGGAAGUGCCUCCUGCAGCAGAAACACUUGCUAUGUUAUUGCAUUUUAAAAAAAGUUUGCUGUACCCAUUGCUCAUUCUUCAGCAGGGAAAAGACAGUCUUAGCAAUUUUAAACAAAUCUCUGAAGGUGAUGGGCUAUCAAAGAGCCAGUAUUAAAAUUUGAAUUUUAUAGUGUUUCCCAAUCAACAUUUCUUAUUGUAGCAAAUAAAGAAGUGGUUAAUAGCCAGUCAGCAGUGACAGCCGUGGUUGAGGCUUUGGGAGGGUUUGAAGCAGAGCUUGUUAGCAGGCUCUCCAUACUUUGUAUUGCUGGUUACUUGUUACUAGCUGAUCCAGACUGACCUUAGUCAUUCAGGUCUGAAACACAGGGUGCCUGCAGAUAGGUGGUGGUGAGGAGUGGGUGCAGGUGAGCCAGGUGACAUGUAGGUGCCUGAUCAUUGUGUAACUGCCCAGUGGUGAGCUGUGGGAAAUCUCCCACAGCUGGUGCCAUCAACAUUCCUAGUAAAGCACAGAGAUAGGCAAAACUAACAUGAACGAUCAAGGGAAAAGAAAGAUGCACUAAAUUUUUUUAUUUAAGAGAAAUAAGUCUAUGUAGUUAUUUUAUCCAUUAAUAUUCAUGACAUACUUGAUUUUUUAGUUCUCACUUCAGUGUUUUUAUAUUAGGUAAAAUUCAGGAAAAAACAUACUGAGCACUGAGAUUUAAUCUAGGUAUAACACCCUAUUUUAAAGUGAUAGGUACUGUUUAAUUAUUUAUCAAUGCUAGAGAAGGAACGUGAUAUUUUCCCUCUUUUUUUAAAUAAAAAAGCUGCUGAAGCUCAUUUAAAUACUAUUUUUAAAAAUUAAUUUUUUAAGUUUGCUCUUUCCUAACCUAGUGGAGGGUGUAGAAAGAUAUUAUUCUGUGUGUUUCAGUGGGUUGAGCCUUUCUGUCUUUCUUACUCUCUCUCAAGCAAAAGAUGAGUAAAAUAUUAGAAAAAGUGGUUCAUCUAAAAAUAUUUCAUAUAGAGCCAUAAUACUGCCAGGCACUUUACAGGUACACAGUAAGACAUUCUUUUGCUAAAACUUCUUAUAAAAGAACAUGCUAUUUUAGAAGCCUAAAUUCCAUUUUUGCAAGUGAUUUGACAGGACUGGUGAAUCUUAAUUUUUUUAAGAAGUUUUUAGCCGCCCCUCUGGCAGAUGAGAGUUAGACUUCUGCCUGACUAGUUCACUUAAACCAAAAAAGACCUUUUGUUUUAUCAGCAUGGCAUGAAUCUCUGUCAUGGUCAAAAGAGAGAGGUACUUAACCAGCUGUGUCCCUGGUGCUAGAAAGAGGACUUAGAGAGGCAAGCUUUUACAAGAGUUGGUGCCCAGAGGGAUGCUACAAUACAAUACCGUCCCUUAAGCUGAAUAUAAAAUUGAUUGUUUCUCCCAUGAACUGACACAAACCAGAAAACACAGCAGAAAACAUUUUUCUCUCUUACAUUACUUCUUUGAAUGAGUGGUUAGCUGAUUGACUUUAUGCUGCUGCAUCGACACUUGAGGUGCUGGUGUAUUGCAGCUUCUCUUGCUCUUGCCCCAGUUCAUCACCAGUCUGUGGCCUCCUGCAGGGAUGAACAGUUGUGCCAAGCACCUUAUGGGGCCUGAUGACACUGUGCUUGUGUCAGAAGUUUUGCCAUUUCGUUAGGAACAAACUUGAAGAGUUCAUAUCCCUCCUUGAAGCACAUGGAUGUGUGAUGGUGUGGUUUGCUUCGUUUAAGACCAAGUGACCCUUUCAAUUUUUGUUAAGGAAUUGGGAAGGAGACUAAAAACUGCCUGUAGCCUUCUGCUUGUUAUCUUGCAAGGUGUCUGUCAGGAAGUCUUGAACCAUUUUUCUUUCAGACUGAGGUUGCUGAGGGCAGGGCUGGAGUUGUGUACCUGCCCACGGCCUUUCACCAGGGAUGUGCUGAACAUCAUCUUAGCUUGUUGGCUUCACUGGGUCUUGAGAAAGACUCAAUACCUGUUGCUUUUUUUUCUCCCCAACCCUGUGCAAAGUGCCAGCACUGCUGUGAGUAGGUGGAACCCACCUUCUGGAGGAGAGUGGUGGGGAGGACAUGAGUGCUGGUGCUGUGGGGAGAGCCGUGUGCGUGCUGCAGCAGCCCCUGUGUUUGUGUGACCUGCUGGCCUGACCUCCAGGUCACUAACGCAGAGACUCACGUGGGCUUGGGGAAAUCAGUUUUUUGCCUAUUUUCAAGCUUUUUUUAAGAACGUUUCUCAGAGGGCAAGAGUAGAUUUAAACCUGAUGGAUUCUAAAUUAUGCAUCUGCCACCAAAGGUUUUUAAAAAUGCGUUUGAAAUUAUUUUUAAAUAAAAGUGUUACUUUGGGCCUAACGUGACUUCAUUGGCAGAAAUAUUCUGUAAUCAGUGGACUUGAAGCAAAUGCGUGUUUAAUUUAAGACUUGUUUGCCAGUGUUCAAUUCAAUAAGGAUUGUUUCAAGUAAAAUCCAAGGCACAGACACAGUUUUGUACAUUGGGAUGUAUUAUUUUAGAGGUGUUUGUGUGUUGGUGUUAUCAUUAAUAAUGUUAGGUCCCUUUACUUAGUUCUUUACUACCUGUUGAGACAGAGCACUACUGCACACCAAAGUAUGCAAUACCCAAAGGAAAAUCCUGUGAUUCUGACAAAUGGGAGCCUGUGUCAGAUAAUCCAAAACUAAGAAUUUGAGACAGUUCUGACCCCUUGUUUACAUUAUUGGCUUCCUACUAACGUGAGAAAUACAUUAUUUUGAUAGCAGCUUUUGCUAAAGUAUACAGACUAGUGACUUUGUACCCUGUGUACAGUAUUGCAGCAAACACUUUAAAUUUGGUUGCUUGGUUAGUCCAGCAAACUAUCUGGGUUCAUAUAUUGCACUAAAAUUCUGUUGAACCUGUGGCAGGCACAUUCCUUAGGAUAAAUGCAACAAAUACAGCCCACAGUUUGAAAAAAAAAAAAGAAAAAAGGGCAAAUGAAAAAAAAACCCUUUUUAAUGUGUUUCAUUAUUAAAAGGCAAAAUGUCAUUAAAAGUGACAGGUGAAAUUGUCUUAUGUAGCAAUGUGCAUUGAUCUCAAUGAGAUAUUUCUAUUUCUUAUUCUCUUACAUGAGAAUAUUACAGCAGGAAAAAUUAAGUUUAGUUUGCUUCACCAUGUUAAUACAUGAUCACAAAACGUGCAUGAGUGUUAAUGACUUAAUCUUGUACAGUACUAGAUAUAUUCCUGUAACCACUUUUAUUUUUUUUAUUCUUUUGCUGUAUUGAAACUGGUUCAGUGUUAACCAGGUGAGCAUAGUUAUUCACAAGUUAUUUACUUUUUUAUGUUAACUAAUUCAGCUUAGUUAUUGUUGAAUAUGUUCCUUUCUUGGAUUAUUUUUUAUUGUUCUGGUGUUGAAAAACAUUUUUGCAUAAUUUUAUCAUGAUAAGAAUUCAUGAAGUAAAUAAUUUGCAAAUAAUUGCAAUAAGCACUGACUUCUGAACUGAAAAGAAGGAAAGCGUUUCUUGUGCAGUGCAUCUGAGGUUCAUAUAAUAGUCUUGUACUAUACUGUGCUUUAUUUACUGCACCAUAAGGAAAGAAAAAUACCUGUUCCACGUUUUCAUUUAGUGCAGGAAAUCCAGUUUCUCCCCUCUUCCUCAGUGUUUUGUUGUCUGUUGUACUGCUGAAACUACAGUAGUUGAAUAUUGCAGUAGCAUUUCAGUUAUUUUUUUUAUUGAAAGUGCUCAAAAUUGUUUUUUAAAUGUUUUCAAAAACAAUAAAAACAUUUUAUAUUACAAUGA